CCACACAGGUGUUCAGUGCUGAGGGAGUAGAGCCUGGCUUUGGAGUCCCGUAGCUGGCGCCUGGGCGCUCAAUCAGGGAGCUCCCCAGACAUUGGAGCAAGUGUGAAGCUGAAGAAGUUUCUGGAAGCUCAAGCCUGUCUACUUCUCCAGAGAGCCUCUGUGGUCCUGUUGACCUGACCUCCUCAGUCCAUCGAGCAAGUCUGAAUCUGUGUGUCUGCUUAGCUGCAGACAGAUUCUUGACCAUGUGUCCCCCAGUCAGCGUUCGCCAUGGGGCCAAGGGCAUGUCCUGCCUCUAUGGGGCGUGGCUGUACCAUCUUGUCCAUGGGGAACAGACGAAGAUCUGCUUUGCUUGCUUCAAGGCAGCUUUCCUAUUGAAUAAACUCUACCUGGAGAUGGGAGACUGGCAAGAGGAAGAAGAGGAAGAGGAAGAGGAAGAUGCUGAGCUCCUGGAAUACUUCUCAGAGUCAGAGUCAGAUUCUGAGCAGGAGCCAGGGCCUGAGCAGGAUGCAUGGCGGGGAUUGGGGUCCCUUUAUGUGCCACAGAGUGUCUCUGAAGGGUCUGAGGUCCUGCUGCCAACCCCUGCGUGGACACAGGGCAUACUAUUCUCCAAUUUUGUGCCCACUGAGCUCUUUCCUCAGGAAGCUGUACCCCUGGAUCUGGGUCCUGAGGAUGCUGAGUGGACCCAGGCCCUUCCCUGGAGACUUGAUGGGCUUUUUCCCUGCUCGCACCAGCUCAUCCCUCCUCUGACUUGGUGGGAUAUUUUUGAUGUGAUGCCAUCUCCUGGGCAACCUGUGUUGUUGGAGUUGAGAUGCAACUGGCCCUUGGACCAGACAGUAGCACAAUCCUGGUUGCAAGACCAGAAGUUUGUCCUUCUGUUGGAUAGCGUCCACUCUACGUGCCACCUGCUGUCAAUGCGUGUCCGAUGGGUCGUAAGGACUCAGGUCCAGCACUGGCAGGUAUUGCUGGACCCUGGUGAGAUGUGGGUGGCCCAUUUGCGGAAAGAAGUUGGGCAGCACAGCCUGUACCAUCAGAACCUGUAUCCCUGGAGGCUGAGCAUCCUGACAGCUUCAGAAUUAGGAAUGGAGUUAUUGCCUGCCACCUGCCACCUGUGGAAUAAAGGCUUCUCGGUAGGUUCCUUCUUGCCCUGGCACAUUAACAUGCCAGAGACCUGGAGCUGGGAGCCAGGAGAGAGGCUGUUUGUCACAGAUGCUACUAUUUGUGGUACUGACUACCAAGUUGCUCAGUCUUUCCUUCCUUGAUUCCCACCCCACCCCCUCCUGACCCUUACUCCCUGAUGCACAUUCCUGAGACACUAAAGCUCAGACAUUCCCCAGGGCCCCGGGGACUGUGAAGAGUAAGAGGUUGCCUGUUCUAAGCAGCACAGGGGAACAGUUGGUCCAGGACUUGAGGGGGCAUCUUGAACAUCCUGGGAGCUUAUGAACCUCAGAGGCAAGUCUGGCAUGUUCGUGUCAGUGUUCAGUGUUUUGUAGGUGAGGCCUAGCUGUAUGUUUAGCUGUAUGGAGUGUUGUGUGGUGGGUGUUAUGGGGGCUCCGGUCACAGAUCUACAUUUGUAUGGACUCUGAGGCACUAGUUGACCUUACUGUCAUAGGGGUCAUAUGCUUACUGUCUUAGGGUCAAGAUACCUGAUUUUAGGGUUCACUGUUUUGUUUUUACUUUGUUCGUUACUCGUGCUCCUUUUGAGGGCUUUUGUUGAAUAAAGUUGGUGUUUUAAA